AUGAAAGGCGAUGUUACAAGCCUCGUAUUUCUCGUCAUCAUACAGAUCAUUUCGUUUACCUGUACGUUGUAUAUCUUAUUCGAGUUUGGAAAGAAACGAAGUCAAAUACGAAGUUUGCCAAACCAUCUGAUUGCUGGUCUACUGCUUAUAUCUGCAUGGUCAACUACUUUCGAUUUACCUGUAACGCAGUUUUAUUUCUGGACUAAUGCUGUUCCAAUCAAAACUCCAGAGGCAUGUCGAUUUUAUAAUUUCGCAUUGUUCUCCAUCUGCGGUUUGAAUCGAAUGUUUAUGGCGUUUCUCUCCAUCGAACGGCAUUUUCUCGUCUUUCAUGCACAAAUUUAUCGAACAACGCGUACGCGUUGGCUAUAUCAUUUUGUACCAUUGAUCAUAAUUAUUCUUUGGAUAGUUAUCUAUUCGCUUGUAACAGAUAUCAUCAUUACCUGUCCACAACUGCAUUUCCGUUAUUCGUAUUUCUUAUGUAAUUAUACAUGUUCAAUUCUGGUACCAGAAUUACUUUUAUUUUAUGUCUAUUUUCAAGUAUUUUUCCCGACAGUAGUUACGAUUGUUGCCGGCGUCCUGUUACCCAUACGGUUUGUGAUGCAAAAGCGAUCGAUGCAACGUUUCCAAUGGCGUCAGACAAGAAAACUAACUAUACAAACAGGUCUGAUCUGUGCUGUGUAUACAAUAAGCUGGGCUCCUUAUGCGAUCUUUCUUCAAUUACUAUCGAAUGAUCGUGUUUCUCUCAGUGAUGAAUCGAUCUCACGCUUUCUUAUUUUCGGGCCGUACGUAACUCCACUACUCACACCCUUCAUCUGUUUUUAUACAACACCAACACCGAUCAAAAUGUUUCUAAGUCAACAGAUAAAUCGCUAUUGCUUUCGUCGUCAUCAAAACAUCGUACAUCCUCAUAAUGUAACUCUCAAUCAACUUCCAGCUAAUCAAUGA